AUGUCAGUUUCUUAUUUAAAACCUUCCUUAUUUGAAAGUGCUUCACCUCAUUUAUUUGCUUAAAAUUCUUAGGUUUCCCCUUAUCCUUAAAACUCUCCUCCCAGAAAAGCCUUUUAACCUGAUAAAGAAAAGCAAUUUAUAAAUGAAAAAAAAGAUAAAUUAAUAAACGAUUUUUAUGAAAAGUAUCUUAAAAAUGCUUCCUAAAAAGAUAAUUUCAAAAAAGUUACUUAUGCUGAUGGCGCUAGCUAUAUAGGUCAAAUGUCAAAUGACACAAUAAAAUAAGGAAAAGGAAUCUAUACAUAUCCAAAUGGUGAUCAAUAUUUAGGCGAUUGGAAAGAUGACAUUUUCAAUGGAAAAGGUAUUUAUAUUUUUACUAUAGGUGAAAUUUAUGAAGGAGAAUUGUAGAAUGGCUAUAAGCAUGGUAUUGGAUCUUAUUAUUAUUCCAACGGAAAUUUUUAUGAAGGGGAAUGGUUUGAAGACAAAAAGGAAAACAGGGGAAUAUAUAUAUACAAAACAACAGGUGAGAAAUAUGAAGGAUUAUGGAAAAAUGGUGAAAGACAUGGGAAAGGUACUUACUAUUAUGCAUUUGGUGAUAAAUAUGAAGGAGAAUGGGAAAAUGGUUUCAAAUCAGGUUUUGGAAUAUUGUAUUAUUCUUCAGGCGCAUAAUAUGAAGGAGAAUGGUAAAGAGAUUUAGCAAACGGUAAAGGAACAAUGAAUUAUGCGAAUAAAGAUAGAUAUGAAGGAGAGUGGUUUGAUGGUGUUAAAUAAGGUUAUGGAAUUUACUUUUUUAAAGAUGGAGGAAGAUUUGAAGGAGAUUGGUUAAGAGAUUACAUGAAUGGAAUGGGCUAAUUUAAUAGUGCAAAUGGAGAUGUUUAUUAAGGGGAAUUCAAAGAAGGUGAGAAAAGUGGUGUUGGAGUUAUUUAAUAUGCAAAUGGAGAUUUAUAUGAAGGAGAAUUCUAAAAUGAUAAAAUUCAUGGGUUAGGUACUAUGACUAUAUAAAAUGGAGAUAUUUAUUCUGGCGAAUGGAAACAAGGAGUCAAAAGUGGAAGAGGUUAAUACUAAUUCGCUUCAUAAGAUGUUUAUGAGGGAUAUUGGGCUAAUGGAAUAAGAUAAGGUAAAGGUAUAUAUAAAUGGAAAACAGGAGAAACCUUCAUUGGAGAAUGGAAAGCUGAUAAAAUGAAUGGAUUUGGGUAAUUUAUUAAAGUUGAUGGAACAGUCUAUGAAGGAUUUUUACAAAAUGAUAUGGUUGUCAAAAAUGAUGCUAUUUGAAAAUUUUAUAUAAUUUUAUAUAAAAUGUUAAAAUAUACUAAUGUUUAUUUUUUUAUUUUAUUUCGUUUUUUUUGUUUAAUUAAAUUUUUUAUUUAUUUUUCAU